AUGGGACUGCCAAAAGGCCAUUUCGAGGGAGUCCUUUCACGUGCGCACAUGAAUUUCGACUGCCAUGAAGUUUCAAUGAUGGACUCAAAGAAUGAGAUUAUUAGCAAACUGAGUACUGGGAGCCGAACCAAGUUGGAGAGAGUCCAGCAUUCAGCCCAUUCAGUAAUAGAAAGCCCAGAAAGGACCAGCUUCCUCUUCGUUGAUAAAUCCACUCACAAACCCAACUAG